AAAGCGAGUGCUUGGGGAGUGGAGGGAUAUAAAUACCAGAGUGCAGAAACGCAGGCGUUACAAAUGUCUGGCAUGAAAGGCAAGUGGACACAGCUCACCAAAGCGUAUCACAUCGCUUCCUACAUAGAUCUGCCGAUUCAUCAUUCUCUGUCUUUCGUUCGCUUUCUCAGAGUCGGAUACCCUCUCUUCAAAUCCAACCCUGGAAGACAGUUUCUGAGCUAGGGUUUCUAUGUUUUUUUCUACAUUUGUGUCGUUUUUGUCCCGAGAAUAAUUCUCUUGUAUGUUUUGUGUUGGAUUUGUAUCAGUGCAUCGUCUGUGUUAUGUGAUGGUCUUGAGCGGGCUAGGGUUUUCGUUGUACGCUUUCUUUUGGUUGUAGCCUCUGGCGUCUCUCAAAUCAAUGAAUCAUUUUGCCUGCGAUCGCAAGAUUUUUGCUUUUUUUUUUUUUUUUUUUUUUUUUUUUUUUUUUUUCUGUUAUAUUUUUAAUUAUUAUUAUUUGUUCAGUGUUUAAUGAUUAAGAGCCCUUGUUAUUGAUCUGGGAAGGGGAAAAUUGCGAAAAGCAUUUUUUUUUUUUUUGUGGUUGUGCCUGGGUGUAAUAAGCCAUUCUACUCUUUUCAGAAUUGUAAUAGGGAAAAAAUUAAUGGCCAGCGUAUCAGCAAGUAAUCAGGUGAAUACUCUGUGCCUUGGAGUAUCGGAGCCUAUUUCAACUGCUGGGCCCACCGAGUUUGAUCUGAUUAAGACCCGAGAAUUGGAAAAGUUUCUUGCAGAUUCUGGAUUGUAUGAAACUCGGGAAGAAGCUAUAAGGAGGGAGGAAGUUCUAGGGAGAGUAGAUCAGAUAGUGAAGGUAUGGGUGAAAACUGUUAGCCGUGCUAAAGGGUUUAAUGAACAGCUGGUUCAUGAAGCAAAUGCAAAGAUCUUCACGUUUGGUUCUUAUCGAUUGGGUGUUCAUGGCCCAGGUGCUGAUAUAGACACAUUAUGUGUUGGACCUAGACAUGCUACUCGAGAUGAAGAUUUUUUCGGUGAACUUCAUAGGAUGCUAGCAGAAACACCUGAAGUACAAGAACUGCAUCCUGUGCCUGAUGCUCAUGUUCCUGUCAUGAAGUUCAAGUUCAAUGGGGUUUCUAUAGAUCUUCUUUAUGCAAGACUAUCACUCUGGGUUAUUCCUGAAGACUUGGAUAUUUCACAAGAAACAAUACUACAAAAUGUAGAUGAGCAGACAGUUCGUAGCCUCAAUGGUUGCAGAGUUACUGAUCAAAUUUUGCGCCUGGUCCCAAAUAUUCAGAAUUUUCGCACUACAUUGAGAUGCAUGAGAUUCUGGGCAAAGCGGCGUGGGGUUUAUUCAAAUGUUUCUGGUUUCCUUGGUGGUAUAAAUUGGGCAUUGCUUGUUGCUCGCAUAUGCCAGCUAUACCCAAAUGCAGUACCUAGUACCUUGGUAUCUCGGUUCUUCAGGGUCUACACGCAGUGGCGUUGGCCUAAUCCAGUUAUGCUAUGUCCUAUUGAAGAAAAAUGCCUUGGACUUCCUGUUUGGGAUCCAAGAAGAAACAUCAAAGAUAGGAACCAUCUGAUGCCUAUAAUAACUCCUGCAUAUCCUUCGAUGAAUUCAAGCUACAAUGUUAGUUGGAGCACAUUACGUAUUAUGGAAGAAGAGCUUCGGAGGGGAAAUGAAAUAGUUAAGGAGAUGGAGACAGAAAACACUGGCUGGAUCACUCUUUUUGAACCUUUCCUUUUCUUUGAAGCAUACAAGAACUAUCUGCAGAUAGAUAUAACUGCUGAGAAUGAUGUUGACUUGAGGAACUGGAAAGGUUGGGUUGAAUCUCGACUUCGUCUACUUACUCGGAAGAUUGAGAGGGACACAGGUGGUAUGCUUCAGUGCCAUCCACACCCUGCAGAGUUUUCUGACACAUCCAGAUCAUUCCAUUACUGUUAUUUCAUGGGUUUACGGCGGAAAGAAGGCAGUGCUGCCCAGGAAGGUGAACAAUUUGAUAUAAGGUUAACUGUUGAUGAUUUUAAGAACACUGUAUGGAUGUAUUCAUCCUGGAAACGAGGAAUGUGGAUCCAUGUAUGCCAUAUAAGACGCAAAAACAUCCCAAAUUUUGUCUUCCCUGGUGGAGUCCGGCCUCCCCAACCCAUGAAAGUUGCUGGAGAACAAGGACAAGUUUCAAAACCAAUGGGCUUUAACUCUCAGAAGAGAAAAAGGGAUGAGAUAGAUGCUGGGAGUCACCCAAGAGAAUCCACAUCUUUAGUGGAGAAUGUGGAGUCAGAUUUGCAAGGGGAAGUAAAACUGGAACAGGUUGAGGUUAAUGUAGGGGACAGUUUAACCAAGGUAAUAUGUUCAUCUGAGAAUUCUUCACACAAUAGUAUUGAGCUUGAAGGAUAUGCUAGAUGCAGCCAACCCCUUGGGGCUGCAUCUUCUGCUAGUGGUUCCUUGAGUUUAGGAAGGGCGCUUGUUAUUGAGACAACCUCUGAGCCACUUGUUCAUCAAUGUUCCUUAAAAGAAGUUGGUGAGUCUCAAGUAGGGUUGGUUGUUCAAGUCCAGAAUUUUGAUGUGGGUAAAAGAGUCAGUUGUGUGCAGUCCUCAACAGCAGAGCGAGGGAUGGCAGCAGCAGCAGCAGGGCAAGGGUUCAGUCCUUGCUCCAGUCUCUUUCAAAAUGGGGGUUUAGAGGAGCUUGAGGAUGCUGAGUUGACUGCUCCAUUCUACCAUGGAAAUCCUGGUGCAUCAAGUACCCCACAGAAGCACCUUAUCAGGUUAAGUGUGAAUUCUUUGGUGAAAGCAAGAGGCAAGGGCACUUGAGGGAUGUACCUUAGCUGCAGUUGAAGGGAUUACUUUAGCUCGUGUAAAACCCUUGCUUAUUGGUCUUGUCCAAGUUCGAAUGCUUUGGAAAAGCAACUUAUAGUAGCAGUUAAAUAGUCUUGCUUGGAGGGAUUUGUAUAAUCAAGUUAUUUGCAGUUGAUAAAAUAAUAUCAGGUUUCUCCUGUUUAUUUACUUUAAAUUGUCGGUAAUGAAAAUAAAGGUGUGUUUGGCAGGAGUUGUCUUUAGAUUGAUUA